AUGUCUGGCAAGGCCUUGGAGAGGGUCCCUCACAGUCAGCUGCCGCCUGCGGAGAGGAAGAAACAUGACAUUAUUUCUUCACGACGGCAAAGUUCCUUAUUCUACACAAAGAGGGAGGAAGGGUCAAACAGGUCUUGGCUCAGUAGUGGUAGUAGUUACAGUGGUAGUAGUAGUAGUAGUAGUAACAGUGGUAGUAGUGGUAGUAGUAGUAACAGUGGUAGUAGUAGUAACAGUGGUAGUAGUAACAGUAGUAGUAACAGUAGUAGUAGUAGCAGUAGUAGUAGUAGUAACAGUAGUAGUAGUGGUAGUUGUAACAGUAGUAGUAGUAGCAACAGUAGUAGUAGUAACAGUGGUAGUAGUGGUAGUAGUAACAGUGGUAGUAGUGGUAGUAGUAGUACUAGUAGUGGUAGUAGUGACAGUGGUAGUAGUGGUAGUAGUAACAGUAGUAGUAGUGGUAGUAGUGACAGUGGUAGUAGUGGUAGUAGUAACAGUAGUAGUAGUAGUAACAGUAGUAGUAGUAGUAACAGUAGUAGUGGUAGUAGUGACAGUGGUAGUAGUAACAGUAGUAGUAGUAGUAGUAACAGUAGUAGUAGUGGUAGUAGUGACAGUGGUAGUAGUGGUAGUAGUAACAGUAGUAGUAGUAGUAACAGUAGUAGUAGUAGUAGUAACAGUGGUAGUAGUGACAGUGGUAGUAGUGGUAGUAGUAACAGUAGUAGUAGUAGUAGUAGUAGUAACAGUAGUAGUAGUAGUAACAGUGGUAGUAGUGGUAGUAGUGACAGUGGUAGUAGUGGUAGUAGCAACAGUAGUAGUAGUAGUAACAGUAGUAGUAGUAGUAACAGUGGUAGUAGUGGUAGUAGUGACAGUGGUAGUAGUGACAGUGGUAGUAGUGGUAGUAGUAACAGUAGUAGUAGUAGUAGUAACAGUAGUAGUAGUAGUAACAGUGGUAGUAGUGACGGUAGUGGUAGUAGUAACAGUAACAGUAGUAGUAGUAGUAACAGUGGUAGUAGUAACAGUGGUAGUAGUUGUAGUAGUGACAGUGGUAGUAGUGGUAGUAGUAACAGUAGUAGUGGUAGUAGUAGUAGUAGUGGUAGUAGUAGUAGUAACAAUAGUAGUAGUGGUAGUAGCAGGUCAGGAUUCUCCCCACCACUAGUUGGCGUAGUAGUAGUAACAGUAGUAGUAGUAGUGGUAGCAGGGUCCUCCCUACCAGUAGUUGGUGUAGUAACAGUAGUAGAAGUAGUAACAGUAGUAGUAGUAGUAGUAGUAGUAACAGUAGUAGAAGUAGUAACAGUAGUAGUAGUAGUAGUAGUAACAGUAGUAGUAGUAGUAACAGUAGUAGAAGUAGUAACAGUAGUAGUAGUAGUAGUAGUAACAGUAGUAGUAGUAGUGGUAGCAGGGUCCUCCCUACCAGUAGUUGGUAGUAACAGUAGUAGUAGUAGUAGUAGUAACAGUAGUAGAAGUAGUAACAGUAGUAGUAGUAGUAGUAACAGUAGUAGUGGUAGCAGGUCAGGGUCUUCCCUACCAGUAGUUGGCGUAGUAACAGUAGUAGUAGUAGUAGUAACAGUAGUAGAAGUAGUAACAGUAGUAGUAGUAGUAGUAGUAACAGUAGUAGUAGUAGUGGUAGCAGGUCAGGGUCCUCCCUACCAGUAGUUGGCAUAGUAACAGUAGUAGUAGUAGAAGUAGUAACAGUAGUAGUAGUAGUAACAGUAGUAGUAGUAGUAGUAGUGGUAGCAGGUCAGGGUCCUCCCUACCAGUAGUUGGCGUAGUAACAGUAGUAGUAGUAGUAGUAACAGUAGUAGUAGUAGUAGUGGUAGCAGGUCAGGGUCCUCCCUACCAGUAGUUGGCGUAGUAACAGUAGUAGUAGUAGUAGUAACAGUAACAGUAGUAGUAGUGGUAGCAGGUCAGGGUCCUCCCUACCAGUAGUUGGCGUAGUAACAGUAGUAGAAGUAGUAACAGUAGUAGUAAUGGUAGUAGUAACAGUAGUAGUAGUAACAGUAGUAGUAAUGGUAGUAGUAACAGUAGUAGUAGUAGUAGUAGCAGGUCAGGAUUCUCCCCACCACUAGUUGGCGUAGUAGUAGUAGUAACAGUAGUAGUAGUAGGAGUAACAGUAGUGGUAGUUGUAGUAGUAGUAACACUGGUAGUAGUAGCAGGUAAGGAUCCUCCCCACCACUGGUUGGCGUAGUAACUGUAGUAGUAGUAACAGUAGUGGUAGUUGUACCAGUAGUAGUAGUAGUAGUAACAGUAGUGGUAGUAGUAGUAGUAGCAGUAACAGUAGUGGUAGUUGUAGUAGUAGUAACAGUGGUAGUAGUAGCAGGUGAGGAUCCUCCCCACCACUGGUUGGCGUACUAACAGUAGUAGUAGUAACAGUAGUGGUAGUUGUAGUAGUUGUAGUAGUAGUAGUAGUAGUAGUAACAGUGGUAGUAGUAGUAGGUGAAGAUCUUUCCCACUACUGGUUGGUGUAGUAACAGUAGUAGUAGUAGUAACAGUAGUGGUAGUUGUACCAGUAGUAGUUGUAGUAACAGUAGUGGUAGUAGUAACAGUAGUGGUAGUUGUACCAGUAGUAUUAGUAGUAACAGUAGUAGUAGUAGUAGUAACAGUAGUGGUAGUAGUGACAGUAGUGGUAGUAGUAACAGUAGUGGUAGUUGUACCAGUAGUAGUAGUAGUAGUAGUAGUAGUAACAGUAGUAGUAGUAGUAACAGUAGUGGUAGUUGUACCAGUAGUAGUAGUGGUAGUAGUAGCAGGUGAGGAUCCUCCCCACCACUGGUUGUUGUAGUAACAGUAGUAGUAGUAGUAACAGUAGUGGUAGUAGUAACAGUAGUAGUAGUACUAACAGUAGUGGUAGUAGUAACAGUAGUGGUAGUUGUACCAGUAGUAUUAGUAGUAGUAACACUGGUAGUAGUAGCAGGUGAGGAUCCUCCCCACCACUGGUUGGCGUAGUAACACUAGUAGUAGUAACAGUAGUGGUAGUUGUAGUAGUAGUAGUAGUAGUAGUAGUGGAGUUGAUGUUGUAUUACUACCACAUGGAUUGUGUUCAUCUCCCUGACACCUUCUUCAGGUGGAGUUGAUGUUGUAUUACUACCACAUGGAUUGUGUUCAUCUCCCUGACACCUUCUUCAGGUGGAGUUGAUGUUGUAUUACUACCACAUGGAUUGUGUUCAUCUCCCUGACACCUUCUUCAGGUGGAGUUGAUGUUGUAUUACCACCACAUGGAUUGUGUUCAUCUCCCUGACACCUUCUUCAGGUGGAGUUGAUGUUGUAUUACUACCACAUGGAUUGUGUUCAUCUCCCUGACACCUUCUUCAGGUGGAGUUGAUGUUGUAUUACCACCACAUGGAUUGUGUUCAUCUCCCUGACACCUUCUUCAGGUGGAGUUGAUGUUGUAUUACCACCACAUGGAUUGUGUUCAUCUCCCUGACACCUUCAGGUGGAGUUGAUGUUGUAUUACUACCACAUGGAUUGUGUUCAUCUCCCUGACACCUUCUUCAGGUGGAGUUGAUGUUGUAUUACCACCACAUGGAUUGUGUUCAUCUCCCUGACACCUUCUUCAGGUGGAGUUGAUGUUGUAUUACCACCACAUGGAUUGUGUUCAUCUCCCUGACACCUUCUUCAGGUGUGGCGCCUCAGUGCCUUGCUCAAGGGUGCUUUGGCAAUGUUGUCAUGUCUGCUGUGAGCCCAGCAGGUCUAAGAUGUCCUCCUCUGCCCGGCUCACCUAGUCCAGCUCCUCUGGGCCGUGAGGACCUGGAUGAAGAGAAGGAG